AACGCAACGCGCUUCGCUUUGUAAAAUGACGUGUCCAGGAAAAGCAGGAAGCUGCCAGUGUGUUCAAAAUGGCUUACCAGACGCUGCAGCAGGAGUACCUGCAGAUCCCCGUGGUCACCCGCGCGUACACGACCGCGUGUGUCCUCACAACCGCUGCGGUGCAACUAGAGAUCAUCACACCGUUUCAGUUAUACUUCAAUCCAGAUUUGAUUCUAAGGAAUUACCAGGUAUGGCGACUAAUAACCAACUUCCUGUUUUUUGGACCAGUUGGCUUCAAUUUCCUGUUCAACAUGAUUUUUCUGUACAGAUACUGUCGUAUGCUGGAGGAGGGCUCCUUCAGGGGACGCACAGCUGACUUUGUCUUCAUGUUCCUGUUUGGUGGGCUCCUCAUGACCAUAUUUGGCACCUUUGUGAGUCUUGUGUUUCUAGGUCAGGCCUUUACCAUCAUGCUCGUAUACGUGUGGAGUCGACGGAACCCAAACGUUCGCAUGAAUUUCUUUGGCCUGUUGAACUUCCAGGCCCCUUUCCUGCCUUGGGUGUUGAUGGGAUUCUCUCUGCUUUUGGGCAACUCCAUUAUUGUUGAUCUUUUAGGUAUUGCUGUAGGUCAUGUGUACUUCUUCCUGGAGGACGUGUUCCCCAACCAGCCGGGCGGUGGACGGUGGCUCAGGACCCCAUCUAUCAUAAAGAUGUUGUUUGACACGCCAGAGGAAGACGCCAACUACAACCCCCUACCCGAGGAGCGCCCAGGAGGCUUUGCCUGGGGGGAGGGCCAGCGCCUCGGAGGGUAAACUACCCGGCAUCGUCCGGGUGUCAGAUCACUUCCAGAGACAUUUUCCCACAGAGGGAGGGAACAAACAUGUUCUUUAUUUUUUGACAUUUUUGCUUAGUUUUGGAUGAACAAUGCCAAACCCCAAAAACUGGUUUAAGGAUGACGUCUGUUGUCUUUGUUUAUGGGCUUUGCCAAGACUAAUAAAAGAACCCAAGGAACUAUGGACAGUGAGCCCUUGAGCUCAGGUUGUUUGCUUUGAUCCCAGAGAAUCAUACUGAAAUGUGGUGCCUUUCAUAUGAAAGGAAAUAAUAAGUAAAAUAUCAAAAUCAGUCUGUUCAGAUGGCGAGCGCUUUUUCCGUGUCACUUUUUUUAAAAUAAUAAAUGUGUGUGGCAAAGA